CCGCGACCUUCAUUUGGAUUUCGAACAUGCCCGUUCUGAUACCUAGCGAUAUGUCUGUGGUCUCACUCAGCCUCAGCCAGCUAUCCCCCGACGAACCGCUUUUAUCACAAUCCCUCACGCUCUCUUCAAUUUCUACUGCUAUGUCUUCAAACAUUCCAACUAUUCCCGCCGGCUGCAUAAUACCUUUUUCUACCAUCAUUGGACAUCGAGAGGGUCCUACAAUGGGCUGCACGCGAACUUUCAAAGCUACCCCCACUGCCCCGACCUCGCCACGGCUGAGGACUAUGCUCAAAGAGAAACUGUUGAUUGAGACAUGGCUAAACGGGGUCGACUCUGACUCUUCCGUCCACGCCCCCUGGACGCACGCAACGCAAGCUGAUUCGUCUGCAUGGAAAGCUGAAGGCUCCGCACAUAGCCCUGAAUCAUUCAAAGAACGUAUUGAGCUUUCUCGCAGAGAAAAAAGCAGCAAGACAACUCAAACCUUCCCGUCCCUCAGCAAAAGAAACAGGAAUUCGAAUCGGGACGCCUUGGUAUUUGAACGAGAGAUCAUCCUGAACACCGGGAAAGGUAAAUCCAAACGUGUCUCUUUGCAGGCUCCAGCAACCCGAAUGGAUCCAGAAGUUGUCGAUAUGAUCUCAGAGCUCAAGGAUCUCAAUGCGUUUUUCAAAGAGCAAGAAACUAUACUCGAAACACCUCCUGCACUUUCUCUACCAUCGCUCAUCAUUUCAAACUCUCACUUCUCUAUGCCGGUUUCCCUCGAAUCAUCUGGAAACCUCAGCUCAGUGGGCACCCCACUCGCUCUUGCUGCUCGGCGAGGCAAGAAGAUGCUUCCUCGGCUGACCUUCAAGAAAGCCGCGGGCGCUACCGAUUAUCCGAGCAUGCCCACCGCGUUUCUGGGAACUCCCUCUGCCUACUCUCCCAACUUCCAGUUCUCUGCGAAUGCUGCUGCCAAGUCGUCUAUGGAUGUUCGGGAGAUGAUCACCAGCCUCAGAUCUCAAUGCGGUCCGAUUGACUCUGAUCCUGAGGAGGAUGAGUACAGCAUCUGCGUGGCAUCUGUUGAAAGUGACGAAGAGGCUGCCAAUGAUGAUGAUGACGAAUGGGCCUUUGCUGAUGGACUUGUUGACACGUCGGAACUAACCGAGUCGGUUUUCCUCCCAGCCUGUUCGCCCCCCGAAACGGUUCCCAGUGCCAGUGCCCCGCCGGCGACACCUUUGCCACCUUGCCCGGGGCCACAGCGAGCCAGUGUGCGAAGCAUCCUCAAGAGCUCAAAAAGCGUCCGGUUUGCAUCGCUGCCCCAUGAGCGGAAGGUGUCUGUUGUCAACAAACCCUCAGCGCAAAAGGCGUCGGUUGCGAGGGCGCAAUCGACGUUGGUCCGUCCCAAAAGCCUCAACCCGUCGCCAGUCAAGACCUCGUCAUUACCAUCUCGUCAUGCUGGUCAGCGACGAGCAACAAUCCCGGUCUCUUUCCGGCCUGAUUCUUCGGCGGAAGUGCCGUCCACCGCGAAAACGACGCACUCAGCCGGCAGGCAUUCUUUGAGUCGUGUGUUUUCCAGUGCCAAUCCGCGCAAGGAGAAAGAGAACAGGCCUUUUGAGACGGUGAAUUCGAG